AUGACGAACAAUCAAAACCAGAGAAGUUAUUCAUCCUCAUCAAAUAAUAAUAAUAAUAAUAAGAAUAGUGGUAAUAAUAGACGACAGAAUCAGCAACAGCAGCAUAAUAAUCAAUCCAAGAAGAGGAAGCAAGAUCAAACAAUAAGCAAUAAUUCAAAUAAUGAUCAUCAUCGGAAACGAAAGUCUUCUCCAGAGGAUAUGGAUAGUAAAAUUGCAAGAAUUCUCGGAGUAAAUAAUAAUAAUCAAAAUCAGCAACAAUUUGCAAGUGCUUCUUCCUCUUCAACGACUUCUCAUUCUACUGGAAGGAAUAAAUCCAAACAGAAUAAUAGAAUAACAUCACAAAAAUCAAACAAUACAAUUGCAUCAGCAUCAUCUUCUGGGAAUGCAUUGCCAGGCUUUUAUUUUGAUAGUAAGGCGAAUAGGUAUUUUCCAAUUCCAAAGAAUGGACUUGAAUGUUCUCUAUUGGUAGGAAAUUCGGAGGAUAGAAUGGUAGAGUUGGAAACCCACAAGAUGAGUCAAUUGAAGAUUAGAAAGAAAAUUGAAGUCCCAUCUACGAGUAGUCGCACAAUUCAGUCAAAUGUUGUGAAAUAUCAAUCCUCUACAUUAUUGAAUCAUGAUAGGAAGAAUCAAUUUUACACUCAUAUCAAAUCGAGAAUGAUUCAUCCUUCAGAUAAUAGGUUGUACAAUAAGCAUGUUGUAAAUAGAAUGGAAAAUUUCAAAUUGUUAAAUAAUCUUUCGAAUAUUGAUGAAUGGGAACAAAAUGAUGAGAUUUUAAAAUAUCAAGAUGUGCAGUCUAACAUUCAAAUUACGAGUUGUUCGUUAGUGAAUAGAAAUCAACAAGUUGUAAAUAGAAAUAUCAUGACAUCAAUUCAUAAUGACAUACUCUGUAUUGGAGAAUUUAAACUCCAAAAAGAGGAUAAUUAUCAAGACAUUAUUCAUUUAUCAUUCAGUGGAAAACCAAUUUAUUCCAUCUCGAUUAAGAAAAAUAAUAGAGGAUCACAUCUACAUUUCAUAGUGACUCCAAAACAGACCAGUAAUUUAUUCAUUAUUCGAUUUAGUUCAUAUGAUGAACCAAUCCAUGAAAAAUUCGCCCUUUCUAAGAAUAAGACUGUAUUCUCCCAAUCCAUUCAUCCAAACAAUAGGUGGUGUGCCAUAGGGCUCAAUAAGGGUGGCAUUAUCAUUGAUUUGAAUUCUCUUAUAUCAAAAUCUGCUCCAAACAUUAAGGCAUCUACAAUAGCUUUUAUUUCGAAUCAAUAUUCGGAUAUUUUAAUCACUUACUGGAACCCAUUCAUUGUGGAAUUUGGAGAAUUGAUGUAUGCUAGAAGAGAUGGAGGUAUCUACAUUUCACAACUCCAACAAUCCAAUUCUAACAAUUCCAACAAGAGCAAUAAUAGAAAUCCAACCUUUUCACAACAAGAAAUUUGCUCUCUCCAAUAUGGAACUGAAAAUUUCAUUGGACAAAUAUUGAGCUUAGAUGAGGAUAGAUUCUUGGUGAGAUCAAUAUGUAAGAAUGAACUCGGCUACAGCAUCUAUAUUCACAUGUUCGACAAGAGGAAGUUGUCAUUGAAUUCUUCUCCAUUCCAUAGCUGUCUAGUUUCUUACGAUUUCGAAGAGAAACAUCAACAACUCUUCAAUCUUUCCACCAUUACAGAAGAAGUCAAUGUUAAAAUGUUCAUCCACAACUCUCGCUUCCUAAUUUGUGGCGAUUCAAAAGGAUGGCUGAGAGUGUGGGAUAUCUACAAGGGAGGAAAACCAAUCUCUACGAAAAAGUUACAAGAUUGUACCUGUUCAGAAUUGGUAUUCUUUUCUCCGUCUUGUUCUUUGGAACCAGCAUCACAUUCUUCAUCAUUAGGUUCGGAUGGAUACCUUCUCAUGCCAAUGGUGCAUCAUGUAAGGAAUGGUGGCUACUUCUCUUCUACUAGUAGUACGUGUGUUGCAAUUCCUCUGCACUAA